AGCCGGAAACUGAAUAAGCGCAUACGCAAAGUAACAAGGAAAGUGUGAGCAGAGUAAAGUGAAGAUGGACGGUGUUGUAAAUUUUUUCAUUUCGAGUUCUCAUAUGACACUCGUGCGUCAUACUAGAAGAGGUGGUCAACAAAUGAGAAAUAAGAUGAUGGAUUUAUCGCAGAUUGAAUGAACAUUUGUUUGGACCCUGUCUCGUUAUACGUGAUGGUUACUAUUAUUAUUUUUCAAAUAAUGGUCACAUUCACAUUGGUUUUGACCUUGAUAUAGUUUUAAAAUGUGGCAUCGACUGAUAGGAUGACUUCAUUCUUUUCACUUGCCAAUCAUAUACGUUUUAAUUGUGAGUGAAAGACACAUUAUCAUUGUAUUUAAACAGACAUCAGAAUGCAAACUGUCUAAUUGACUUCAGAAAACGUUGGUGAAUUACGGAGUACAAAUAUGUUUAGGCCACAAGGAGCAGUUGUUUGGUUUUCCUUCUUUUUCCUGGUCUGGAAUGCAGCGCAGUUUCUUGAGUUUACAAGUGCAGAUAUCGUUGUGAUGAAACUCUCUGUCUCCGUUAAGGAGUGGAAUAAACUGAUUGGAAAGAAUGAUAAAAGAGAAUCCCUAGAAGUUUUGGAUGGAUAUUGUGCAAAUGUUGUGAAUGUGGUGAAGGAAUUGGAGCCAAAACUGAAUUCCGUUACGCUGUCAUGUGACAUCCAUCCAUUACAAAAACCAAAUAAUAUUCAUGCCGAAACCAUCAAUGUUCAACUUGCCGUGUUAAAGAGUGAAAUGGAAAAAGUAUAUUCAUCAGAAACGUGGUUUCCAUCGUUACAGAAUGCACUUAAAUCGGGUACUGUGAAUGUGGAUAGCACGUGGAUAACUAAAAUCGUUUCAGUGAGUGAUCCGGAAGCCUUUAGCGAUGAAACCCACCUGUUCAACGAAUAUUUUGGAACGCACUUAGUCGCUGAUAGGUGCGCUGAUGAUUUAUUUGGAAGCAGUUUCAUAGAAAAAUAGUAGUAAGUUCUCACAAAGUUUCUAUAUGAUACAUACCGACGAUUACGAAAUAUUUAAUUGUUUACAAAUAGACAUUAUGCCAUUAAAAAGUACUAUGCAGUAAUACUGUCUAAAUAUUUUAAUUGUAGCUGAAGAACAUAAUGUCGAGGAGAUAUCCCGGGUUUGGAGAAUCAAUGGAGAACUGUCUCUUCGAUAUGCAUAAAGGGACUAUAAGUAUGAAUAUGAAAUACCAAGAACUAAUGAAGAAAGGUUAUUGCUGUUUCAAACAUAACAUAUACAGAAGAAUAUACUGGUCUAUUGAUGAAUUAUUGCGACCGGAAACAUAUGAUUGGUCAGAUGAAGAGUGACAAUUUCAAGUUUCGUUGAAAACUGAUUGUAAAUACACAAUCCAUUUAAUCAUGACCAUUUAGCAUGGUAGUCACCGUUCACAAAACGUUAUCAAUAUCUAGUCACAGAUUGUGGAUUAACGUUGUUUUGUCGCUAGCUGUUGGAUGAAUAUGAUUUGAUCAAAAUGUUUUGUAAACAUCUUUGAAAGUGUAUUCAAUUUGUAUAUGAUCAAUAUCCGGUUGUCGACAUCAAUGAUACCCUUGCAAAUCAGUAAUCGUUCCAGUAUAGUUGCAUAUAGAUUCCGUCAAUAUGUGUACAAUUAUAUUAAAAUUAUUAUAGUGAAACAGAAUACUUGUUUUAGUGUUGUUCAAUUUGUGAUAAGACGUGAUUGUCUUCUAUCGAUUAAAUAGAAUUGACAAAUCAAAGCUGAAUUAAUCGUCAUCACAUGUCUCGUCUAGAAUAUUCAUAAAAUUUCCACCCUCGUUUUUGCUAUAUUAGUACACAUUGCAUGCUCGAUUAUUAUCUUAAUCUAAAAGUAUAAUAAUAUUCAAAGAUGUGAAAAUGAAUGCUUUCAUGAGAAUAAUCUCGUGUCUGAAAUAUUACCAAGAAUGAUCGAAUCCUUUCACAUAUACUUUUCUUUCAGAUCACUCGUUUUCUAAUCUCAUCAACACCACUACCAUCAUCAGAUAACAAUAACAGUAUUGUACACUGAAACAUACUGAUGCAAUUUAAUAUGUGGUGAACGUAACAAUAUUCUUGAAUAACAUUUUCUAAUUCUAACACACAAUACAUAAUAUAUGGUAAUUAACGCAUUGAGUCUUUUUUG